AUGAUCGCCACGCUCGCCUCCCCUGCCUGUAUUCUGCUCCCGCCCGAACUCUACCUCAACAUCGUCCAACUUCUCCUUUCCCAAGGUCUUCGCAAAAGUGUCGCCGCUCUUCAUAGAUGCUCGAGGUCCCAUUACACCUUCGUCGCACCAUACUUGUACGAAUCAUUUACUCUCAAUGCCGAAGCUGCUGGUGGAAUAUUUACCCUUCUGAGGGACUCGACAGACUCAAUACAACAACGUUUAUCAACUAUCAAUCUAGUAAAACCUAUCAAAUUUGACGACACAGAUGCCGUCCGAUACAUCAAACUUCUUCGUUAUGUCAAACGUCUAUUUGUGCCCCUAUCUAGCGUUUUGCUAUUGCAUGACGAGGUGUUUAGAUCUCUCUGCGGACCUGAUGGAUCUUCAAGCGCCGAUACUACUCUGCUUUUUCAGCAUAUCGACUACCUAUCCUUAUAUGACGAAGAGCCCAAGGACCGCAAUUACGUGCUCAGAAUGAGGCUAAGGCUGAACAAGGACGCUAUCCAGAAAUUGAUCGACUUCAUUGUCUUGCACUUGCCACCUCUGGGUAAAUACCAGAUCAAAAUCUCCCUACAGUCCAUAUCGGCAUACGAGGCAGAUGAAUGGAUAGAUUCUGGGAUGCAUACAGCUGAAGCCCGAGAAAGUGACGAAGGUUAUCAAUAUGAUAUCCUCUACCCUCUGUCCAACGAACUCAAGAUAGUAAAACUAGACCAGAAGGAUCAAGCCGUCACAGAAAGUAUCAAGCCGGUGAAGAUGAUCGUUGCCCGCAAGGAGCAUCUCACUGAGGACAACAUCCAGAGUCUCCAUCGGAGACUUCUUGAGGAUGCCUUAGUAGAGAGAGGUCAGCAUCGAUCAGGGACAAGUACAGAUGAUGUCGAUCCGGAACAAGUCGCUUUGGCCCACGAAGAGGUAGAAAAAAGGAAGAAGUGUGUAGAGUGGGUUGUGCGUGAAGAUUGUCAAGUUGGGGAGAAUUGUAGAGUCUGUUCAGGUGGGUCAACCCCGCAUCCCAUUGCUUUAUAUCGAUGA